ACGCUGGACCCCCUCCUCCACUCACUCACACAAACAUAUACACACACUCUCUCUCUCUCCCUCUCUGCCUCUCUCUCUCUCUCACACACACACACACACACACACUCAGCUUUUCACCUGGAGAGGGCAGGCGCAAGGGACGGCAUGUGCAGCAGCAGCGGCAGCAGCAGCAGCAACAGCAGCAGCAGCAGUCUCUCCUUACAUCUAGCGCUGCCUCUCUGACUUGCCUCAUUCUGGAGAGUGGAGAGGAACUCUGAAAAGAGAUUUUUGGAGCCAUUGUCCCCUGGCGAAAGCAGGAGACACUGGGGGGGGCAGUGAGGGAGCACUUGUCAAGCCAGGGAUACACCAAAGGCAACACACAGCAUGAUUUUGGGAGGCAUAAACCGCGCCGGAGCGGCGGUGCCGACGUUCUUGCGGACCCCCACCAUGAUCCAGCCCCACCUGGACAUGAAGCCCUUCCUGCAGUUCCCCAUAGAGACCCCACCUCCUCCGCACAGCAUGAACCUUUUCCACAACUUCAACACGAUGGACCCAGUGCAGAAGGCCGUGAUCAACCACACCUUUGGAGUACCGCUGAUCAAGACCAAGCGGCCGGUCAUCUCCUGUAAUGUCUGCCAGAUCCGCUUCAACUCAGAGAGCCAGGCAGAGGCCCAUUACAAAGGAAACCGCCAUGCCAGGAGAGUCAAAGGGAUAGAGACCUCCAAGAGUCGUCCACAAGAGGGGGACAAGCCUCAGAUGGUGCCCACCACCUCAUCCCCGUCUCCGCCUGGAGCCCCUGGCACUGCCCCAGACAGCGAGUCCAGCAAAGCAGAUGAACCUCGGCCUCUGUCACAGUUAAACGGGCCCCUGCUGGCCCCGGGGCCCCUUCCCCCUCUCACCACCCCACCAACUCCACCCAUGGACUCUCCGGUGCCCUCAGUGUGCCCCCUCCUGCCCACCACCACCCCUCCCCUGAUCCCUCCUUGCUCCUCCUCCCCAGGCUGCGGUAGUGGCAGCUCCAGCUCAGAGCAGCCCGGGUCUGGACCCCCAGUCUCGGGGGCCAUCGGCACCCCGGCCUCCAGCAGCCCGUCCAAUCCAGAGACGGAGGAGGACAAGGCCAAGAAGCUGCUGUACUGCUCACUGUGCAAGGUUGCGGUCAAUUCCUUGUCACAGCUGGAGGCCCACAACAAAGGUACCAAACACAAAACUAUCCUGGAGGCACGGAGCGGGCUAGGCCCCAUCAAGGCGUAUCCUCGCCUCGGCCCCAAGCCCAGUGGAGAGCAGGGAGGGGGGCCAGUGGACCCCAACACUCAGGAACGAACCUUCCACUGUGAGAUCUGCAAUGUGCGGGUCAACUCUGAACUGCAACUCAAACAGCACAUAUCAAGUCGAAGGCACCGGGACGGCAUGGCGGGCAAGCCUAACCCCCUCCUCAGCCGACACAAGAAGCACAGGGGAGCUGAUCUGACGUCCUCUUUGACCUUCUCCAAGGAUCUCACCAAAGCUUUGGGCGCAGGGCUCUUGCCCAGCCCCUUGGCUGUUGCUGCAGCAAUGGCCGCUGCGGCAUCCUCGAACCAGCUGGCACUCCGCGCAGCAGCUCCCGCACCCCACCCGCACCACCACUUAUUGCAAGGCCCGCCUCUCAGCCACGCCAUCCUGAGACCCGCCCCCGGGCCCAUCCGCACCACCCACGGGCCAAUCCUCUUCUCACCGUACUGACACAUCACCGUCUGACUUCGGCCAGUCAGGAACAGCCACUCAAAAAGCACACUGUGAAGAAACAAACAUGAUCAACAAACAGCAAUUGAUAGUGGGGAAAAAAAAAAAUAUCCAACCAAUUUAAAUAUUGAACUGAGAGGACAGAAGGGAAUGGAGCAGCUGAAAGAAGUAGAAGUGUGUGUCUCUUUCUUUCCCUUUACCUGAAACUCUCCCUUCAUUUCAAAGACUCCUGAGUGAUCCACAGAGGAGCAGAGGAGAGGUUUCCUCAUUAUGCAUUGAACUCCCUUGUACAUCUCUCACCUCCCCUGUUCCCUCUCCCUUGCACUGUGGCCCCGUCAUGGCCGCCUCGAUAGCUACAGAAGAAACAGACCUUUCUAGAAACAUUAAACCACAUGUAGUGUUACAUAAUUAUUCUGGGCCAGGUUGGUUUUUCUCUUGUCAUCACGGCUCAACGUGUUCUUCUCAUCCUAUGCACCUCAAAAACCAAGACAAUAAUGUUAUGUCAGUAGGGUAGCUGCUUCCAUCGGUCUUCGCUGUAUGCGCCCACACGUAGCUGUGGCGGCCUCCGCGGUACUGUACAUGUCCCCUUCUGCCGCCGCAGGCCAGCAACUCUUCAGUUUGUGACACUAGGUCCUCGCUAGAAACAACAUGACUUCGGCUGACAGGCAGGUGGUAGCCACAUCUGAACAUGUCUGAUGGUUCUGGGGGAGGGGGGGUUUAUGAGAGCAGAAAAGUGACUGUGGGGGAUUGUCAUUUCCUGAGAGGGUGAGGUGAGAGGAGGGCUGGCACGGGUCAGUGGAUGGAUUGACCCCAGGCGGCAUGCAGACACACAGUGGCCCGAACGAAUCUGUGUUUUUAAAAUAGACCGGACCGACAGAAAUCGCCGCAGGGCACAUCUGCCAACCUCCAUAACAGUCAGACGAGGGCCUCACUAAAGGGGAGAGAGGGUGGGAGAAAACAAGCAGAAGUCACGCAUUGGUACAUACUGUACUGCUUCUAUGUGAUCCCCGUCUUUAGCUGUGAUUAUGUGUGAUGCAAGAACCUGCCCUCUGACUUACAGUAACGAUAAAUACUGUAAAGUAGAGGACGCAAGUCACAUGUACAUGGUGACACAUUAAGCCAUCGCAAAGGUUUAUCGACAUCCUCGCAUUACCCUUGUCUUCGCGAGGGGGCUGAUCCACCGUGUAGGUGGGUAGGUGUGACCUCAGCGUGACCCUGUGUACCGAUGUAUUCACGCUGUUUCUGCGUGCAGCCUCGCAAUAAGAUCCUGCAGGGUCGGGCUUCUGCAUCACUGGGUUGAACGUCCUCCAUUCUUGCCUCACCCUCCUCCUCUUCCUGGCCUCCCCCCCAGUCUCCAAAGGUUCACAUGAGUCUAUGGUGGAGGGCACAUUAACACUGGCAACCAUAAUGCUGAAAGGGAACAAAUUAUAGAGAGGAAGAUGAGAGCCAAAUACAUCCUCGGAGGAAUGAUCUUGAGCUGGAGUGACAACCGAGCCGGAGGCCUACAGGGGAUGAGGUCGCCCAGAGCGGGAGCCGAGACGUCCAGCCCCAGGCAUCCAUCGAUAUUUCCUGUCUUAUAACUGAAAGCCAUGAAACGCACCAUGAUUUGUUUUCUUUAACAAACACUGGUGAGCACUUUGUUCUGUUUGAUUUGGACUGUUGGUUUGCAUUUGUAUCACGCAUUUAAAAAAACGGCAAAAUAGAAAAGACAAUAAAAAUAUUUUUGUAGGUAGAAAAUGUUGAUAACCGCAUCCAUGAGGGGAAAAGAAGAAUGAGGUGGAACUACUGGAUAGUGGUAUUAUAUAAGUGUUGACUCAGACAGAGUGACAUACAGGCAGCAGGGGAACUACAGAAGCUAGCUAAACAGCAGCAGCAGACCUAUCUUGCUCGACAGCUUGGAACUAUCACCCUUUUCUGAACGAGAUGUACACUGUGCCCUUUCAUUGAGAAGCAAUGAGCUCUAAUGUCUUACCUUUGUCUGAAUAUUGCAAUGCAAUGAGCAAUUUUUAUCAGAGUGACUUGUUAUCAUUGUGACAUGUUGUGACAUGUUGUCUGGAGUCAUGUGUAAACCAGGAGCACGCCAGCUGACGGACUUUUCUGUUCUUCCAUGUGGAGUACAAGCCCUUGAAGGGAUUGAGACCGGGACAGAGAAAGACUGAGGUGUUGCUGGGCUUAGGGACCGACCCUUCAUAUUAAAGGGCCUUUUUACUAUGGUAAUCUCUGCUUGGGGAACAGGGUACAACGCCAGGUAUCAAGGGAUUAAAGCUGAAUUGUUCAACAGGCUUAUUUUUUAGUUGGACUUACUGAGUUGCGUUACUUUUUUUUUUCUGUGUGUGAGAGUUAAAGUGAGGAACAUUUUUAAUGCCAUUACUUAAAGAAGACGCUGGCUCGGUGUCGGCUUCCACCGUCGUGCUCUUUUUGUUGCAGAACGAAAAAAAAAAAAACUUCUCUGCAGAAGUUCAUUUUGUGAGUGAGAUACUAUUCCAGGAUCCCUGCUCUUCCUGUUGGUGUGUGUACCAUAUGUACUCGAGUGUGUAGUGGGACCCGCUCUCUCUCCCCACUUUCCACCAAUUGGAGACAGACGCAACCUGGAGAUAUAACGUGGCCUAACACAGUAAUAAUGGAGACAAAAGCCUGCACGCGUUUGGUGUGGGGAGAUUGAUCAGUCACCCUGGAUUCUUUCAGGGACUUGAUCAAUGACCAACCUCAUCAAAGUACUGCAAUAUUGUCCCCUGGUAGGUCAGCCAAGUAGCAGCACCACAGAUAUGUUCAUAUUGUCUUCCAUGUGUUCAUACUGUGGUAAUCCCCACUGAUUCAUCCUCAUUAUUCACAAAUAUGGGAAAUAAAUGUUAGAUUCCUAUUUUCUGGGCAGGUAUUUCAUUUUAGCUGUGUUUAGGCUACUAGCCUUAGCCUUAUUCUGCCCUCAGCCUCUCCCGGAGCAGAGAGAGAGACAGAGAGGCUAUGGUGUAAUUUUGUCUUGCCAAUAAAGUUAUUUUUGAAUUUCAUUGUCUGACGGGGACAACGAGUUUGUAUGGCGAAUUGUAGCAAUACCUGACUCAUUCUGGCUACUCUUGUUUAUUGCAAUAAGAAGAUUAAACAAUAAAUGUGUAUGUGAGUAAAGCAUUAUAAAUGUAAUUUAAAUGAAAAAGAAACUUUAUGGUAAAUACUAUUGGUAUCAAGAGAAACCAUGGUGGGAAAAAAAGUAAAUGUCAAUAAAUCAUUAAAUGCAAAAAAAAAAUAAAAGAAAGUCUUCAGAGUU